GUUAAUUUAACAUUUUUGGUUCAAGAUACGAAAAACGGUAGCUCAACACUUUCUCCAAAUAUUCAACUUUGCCGAUGUGAAAACGGUGGUGAAUGUUUUGUUCCUGAAGCUACAUCAGAACAGGAGGCAGCAAUCGAAAAUACUUUUCUUGUUAUGUCAUGCAAUUGUCCUCCUGGUUAUACCGGGGAAUUCUGUGGAGAAGUGAGAGAUUUCUGUGCGGGAGGAUUGACACCAUCUUGUAAUGCUUUGGUCACAUGCACUAAUUCUCCAACCGGUUUCACGUGUGGGGAUUGCCCGAAUGGGUACGAUGGAAACGGACAAAUUUGUUCAG